GCAUAUUGCCGCAUAGCAGGUCAGCAAUGCAGGGCAUGGCUGGGGAGCGCCCCGCUCUGGCCCCUGCCGCGCCUCUGUCACCGGCAGGUCGCCCAGCCAGACCAUCGAAACUCAGCAGCAGGCCUGCAGGCCGCUCAGCCGGCCGUCCCAGCCGCCGGCGGGGCGGCGGCGGCGGUGGUGGCAGCGCGGCGUCUGCAGCAGCAGGCAGCGGCGAGGAGGCGCUACAGGCCAGCUUCGAGUCGCACACUGCUGAGUCUGCUUGUCUCCAACCCGCGGCAGAGGUGGAAGCGCAUGCCUUCGUUGCACAGCCGCAGCCGCAGGCGCUGGACACAUGGUUACAGCUGGGACCAUUCGACGUUGGUGGCGCUGGCCCGUUCCCCACCUCUCCCAUCGGUGCUGGCAGCGGCUGGGUGGUGGCGGCUGCGGUGCUGCUGGCGGGGCGCAUGGGGCGGCUGACAGCGCAGGAGGCGCGCAUGGAUGUGCGCAAGCUGCAGUUUGAGCGGGAGCGAAGCCGGGCGCUGGGGAAAGAGCUGCUGGCGGCGCGCGACCGCUGGCGUGCCACUGAGGCGGAGCGCACGGCAGCAGAGGAUGCACGCAGGGUGGAGGAGACAGCGGCCAAGGCGCAGGAGGAACUGCGGCGUCAGCGGGAGAUGCAGCAGCGCUAUCAGGAGGCUGCCGCCAAGGAGGCUGAGCGGCUGCGGCUGGAGCGGGAGGCGCUGCGCAAGGAGUAUGAAUCGCAGCAGGCCAAGCUGGAUGCGGAGGUUGCGGCGCGUGAAGAGCAGGAGCGGCUCGUCAUCGAGCAGCAGCGGGCGGCGGCGCGCGCGGCGGAAGAGCAGCGGCGAAGAGAAGAGGAGGAGAGAAAGCGGCGGGUGGAGGAGGAACGGCGGCAGCGUGAGGAGCAGGAGCAGCGCGAGCGGGAGGAGGCGAUACGGCUCAAAGUGGAGGAGCGGCGGCGGUUGGAGAAGGAGAAGAAGCGGUUUGCAAUGCGGCUGGAAGGCACGCUAGUGGUGGAGCGACCCCCAAAGGACACCGUGCUUUCGGGCCCGUUGCAGAAGAAGGCCAGUGUGCGGCUGUCCGCCGCCUGCGGCACGCUGCUGGGGGGUCCCGCUCAGCCGCCACCGGUAGAUUUUGCGAGCCUGGCGGAUGCAGGGGAGGGCCUGUCGCAGGUGGCGGGCGAGGCGUGCAAGUUGGCGGCGGAUGCCUACUCCUCCGCCAUGCGGCUGCAGUCAAUGUCUGGGGAGGGGGUGCUGCAGUGGAUUGACGACACCGAGCUGCAGCACUGGGCCUUUGCCGCUGCGUGCCGCACGGAGCUGGGUGUGCUGCCUGCUGACCAUCCGCAGCGCACGGACACGCUGCUGCGGCGUGUGAUUGCCAGCAUCGAGGGCGGCGACACUGAGGCAGCCAAUGCCUUGCUGGAUGACAUAUUGCAAGCGGACGUGGAGCUGUUCCUGAAAGAGCUUCCCUCCUGCUCCCGACUGUCAAAGCCUGCCCCAGCCCUGAUGGGCACCGCGCUGCUGCUUUCUCACCUCCUCUCCCGCGCCCUGGCUGAGCGCCCCUUUGCCGCCUCUGAUGCCCCCGCCUGGUUCGAGGCCACGGCGCGGCUUGCAGUGGCCAGCCCCGCCGCCCAGGACUCGCUGCAGCUGCCUGCCGCAAUAAUCUCAGCGGUGUUGGGCAUGAGCAACCCGGUGGCAGAGGAGCUGCAGCUCCUGGCAGAGGCCAACUUGUCGGCUGCGGCCAAGAAGGAGCAGCAGGAGAAGGAGCGGCGCCUGGCAUCUGAGCUGGCCGCCAAGCUUGUAGAGGAGGAGUGGCCUGAUGCAGCAGAGACCAAGGCGGCACGGCUGGCAGAGCGGGAGGCCAAGACACCAGUGCCGGAGCGGUGUUGGGCGCUGCGCAACGUCGCAGGCACGCUGUCUAUGGGCGGGCCAGGGGAGCGAGCUCGCGCGCGGCAACUGCUGGAGCAGGCAGUGCUGCUGAAGCAGCAGUAUGCAGGCGCACCCGACCACCCUGGAGUGCUGCCUGAGCUGGUGCCGCUGGUCAAUCUGCUGGCGGCAGACCCCGAGUGGCAGCGCGACGCGGCAGGCGUGGCGUCCCUGAUCAUGAAUUGCCUGGCGGGUGUUGCCGCCGCCUACCGGCGGCGUGGCGACAGCAUGUCGGAAGCCAUCUUGCUGGAGGCUUCGCUGCGCAAGUUUGAGGAGCUGGCAGGUGUGCGGGCGUCCGCGGUCAUGUCUUCCAUGCGUGCCGCCGAUACGGCGCUGGAGAGCCUGUCAGCCGAGCAACGUUCAGCGGUAGCAGCUGCACGGCCGGAGGGCGAGGCGUGCAUCGCCAAGGUGGUGGCCGCUCUGACGGAUGAGCUUGCCGCGUACCAGCAUGGCGGCCCCGUGACAAAGGUGCAACGGUGGGAUGCCGAGGGCGUGCGGCUUAUCGGCCCGCUGCACUAGCGGGGGAGGGUGUUCGUGGGGUGUUCGUGGCGGGCACAUCCCCAUAGCUUCAUCAAUCAUCUAUGGCAUGCUCGGCCAGGCUGGCGCAUGGCUGCCAGUUGCAUGAGCGGUUCCACGAGGUGGCGCCAACUGUGCGACCGUGGCAAAUGGAUUUGCAAGACUGUCGUGCCUGCAAGAGGUUGACGCUAACCAGUGUGGCUGUGUGUCUGUAAACGCCCGGUGGCU